UCGUCUCGUAACAACCCUCCUCACACCACACCCUCUGCCAUCUAUCUGUUCUCUUCUUUUUUCCUCAGUUUCGGUAUUCUGUCUUCAUCAUACCAGACACUCCUUUAACAUCUCAAUUCUUGGUUACCAUCUUCUCACAACUCCGGAUCUUCAACCAGUAAUUUCAGAUCUGUUUGUCUUCAUGUGAAAAAUACCCCAAAUCCGUUUUGUUUCAUUUGGAUAUAUACCAUCUUUUCUAUUUCUCUAUUCAGGCACUUGUAACAGAAUCUGGACGCUCAAAUAAGACUUCUCACAAGUUUAACUCAAUUAAAACUAUAGGAGAAAAAGAAGCACACACCUUUCACCUUCCUAUUGCUUUUAGUUUUUAUUUUCUUUUCGUGAACAAUGUCGAAUGCUUUGUCGUUCACGCUCCCUGUUCUAAACAACCCUCAAAUAAAAGCUUUCAAUAACCCUAACAAAGCGCGUCUGCGUCUGAGAGGUAGGGUUGCGCGAUGCUCUGCCUCUACUGUAGAGAAGAAAAGGUUGUUCGGCACACAGGUGCGGUCGAGUGGGUUCCGGAUCGGGUUGCUGCAAUCAGGGCGGUUGCCAAAAUGGAGGGUGGCAGUCCGGUCAGCAUUCUCCACGGUGCCGGAGAAGCCGCUGGGGCUGUAUGAUCCGGCUAUGGACAAGGACUCGUGCGGGGUGGGGUUCGUGGCGGAGUUGUCGGGAGAGUGUAACCGCAGAACGGUAACUGACGCGCUGGAAAUGUUGGUGAGGAUGACGCACAGAGGUGCUUGCGGAUGCGAAGCCAACACUGGAGAUGGUGCUGGAAUUCUUGUUUCUCUGCCUCAUGUCUUUUACCAGGAGGUUGUGGAUUUUGAGCUUCCUCCCCAAGGAAAAUAUGCAGUUGGCAUGUUUUUCUUGCCAAAGUCUGAAAAUCGAAGGGAGGAAAGCAAAAGAACAUUUAACAAGGUUGCUGAAUCUCUGGGGCACACUGUUCUUGGUUGGCGGUCUGUACCCACUGAUAACACAGAAUUGGGCAAAUCAGCCCUACAGACCGAACCAGUGAUUGAACAGGUGUUUCUCACGCCAAGUGCUCAAUCAAAUGUCGAUUUGGAAAGACAGAUGUACAUAUUAAGGAAGCUCAGCAUGGCAGCUAUUACAUCUGCAUUAAACCUCCAAAAUGACGGCAUUACUGAUUUCUAUAUCUGUUCACUUUCAUCAAGGACUGUUGUUUACAAAGGUCAGCUAACACCAGCUCAGUUGAGGGAUUAUUACUUUGCUGAUCUUGGCAAUGAAAGGUUUACGAGCUACAUGGCCCUGAUACAUUCACGGUUUUCUACAAAUACUUUUCCUAGCUGGGAUCGUGCUCAACCAAUGCGUGUAUUAGGACACAAUGGCGAAAUCAACACACUCAGAGGCAAUGUUAAUUGGAUGAAGGCACGUGAGGGUUUACUAAAAUGCAAGGAGCUUGGUUUAUCAGAGAGUGAAUUAAAGAAGCUUUUGCCCAUUGUGGAUGCAAAUUCAUCAGAUUCAGGAGCUUUUGAUGGUGUGCUUGAGUUUUUGCUUCAUUCAGGAAAAAGUCUUCCUGAAGCUGUUAUGAUGAUGAUUCCUGAAGCAUGGCAAAAUGACAAGAACAUGGAUUCUCAGCGUAAAGCAUUUUAUGAAUACUUCUCAGCUCUCAUGGAGCCAUGGGAUGGGCCAGCUCUUAUAUCAUUUACCGAUGGUCACUACCUUGGAGCUACAUUGGAUAGGAAUGGACUGCGACCAGGCCGUUUCUAUGUCACUCAUAGUGGACGAGUUAUAAUGGCAAGUGAAGUUGGGGUUGUUGACAUUCCACCAGAAGAUAUAUGUAGGAAAGGUAGACUAAAUCCUGGCAUGAUGCUUCUGGUUGAUUUUGAGAAGCAUGCAGUUGUAAAUGAUGAUGCCUUAAAAGAGCAGUACUCAUUGGCAAGACCUUAUGAGGAUUGGCUCAAAAAUCAGAAAAUUGAACUCAAAGACAUUGUUGAUUCUGUUCCUAAAUCUGGAAGAGUACCACCACCCAUAGCAGGAGUGACUACACCAUCCAAUGAUGACGUAGAUAUGGUAAAUAUGGGCAUCCAUGGCUUACUGGCUCCAUUGAAAGCUUUUGGAUAUUCAGUUGAAUCAUUGGAAAUGCUGUUACUUCCUAUGGCCAAGGAUGGGGUAGAAGCCCUUGGGUCAAUGGGAAAUGAUACACCACUAGCUGUCAUGUCUAAUAGAGAGAAACUUACUUUUGAAUAUUUCAAGCAAAUGUUUGCUCAAGUGACAAACCCUCCUAUUGAUCCNGUAGAGUUCAUUUUUUUUUUNGGACUUAUCAGUCCACCACCCCAUCAUGAUAUUUAUUCAAUUGAAGACCUUGCCCAACUAAUUCAUGAUCUGAAGAAUGCCAACCCAACUGCUCGGAUUAGUGUGAAGUUGGUAUCUGAAGCUGGGGUGGGAAUUAUUGCUAGUGGAGUUGUUAAAGGCCAUGCCGACCAUGUGUUGAUCUCAGGUCAUGAUGGAGGUACUGGGGCAUCCAGAUGGACUGGCAUAAAGAAUGCUGGGCUUCCUUGGGAACUUGGCCUGGCUGAGACCCACCAGACUUUGGUUGCUAAUGAUCUACGUGGUCGCACAGUCCUCCAAACUGACGGGCAACUAAAAACAGGGAGAGAUGUGGCCAUAGCUACUCUGCUUGGUGCAGAAGAGUUUGGCUUCAGUACUGCUCCGCUUAUUACUCUUGGAUGCAUCAUGAUGCGGAAAUGCCACAAGAACACUUGUCCAGUCGGCAUUGCUACUCAAGAUCCCGUGCUCAGAGAAAAGUUUGCUGGUGAACCCGAGCAUGUUAUCAACUUCUUUUUUAUGGUGGCAGAAGAAAUGAGAGAAAUUAUGUCCCAGCUUGGGUUUAGGACAGUUAAUGAGAUGGUUGGUCGAUCUGAUAUGCUUGAAGUUGAUAAGGAAGUCAUUAAGAGCAACGAGAAACUAGAGAACAUUGAUCUCUCUCUGCUGCUUAGACCUGCAGCUGAAUUGCGGCCAGAAGCUGCUCAAUAUUGUGUGCAAAAACAAGAUCAUGGUUUGGACAAUGCCUUGGAUAACAAGCUCAUAAGUCUGUCUAAUGCUGCUUUGGAAAAGGGUCUCCCUGUAUACAUUGAGACUCCAAUCUAUAAUGUAAACCGUGCAGUGGGAACCAUGCUUAGCCAUGAGGUGACUAAACGUUACCACCUAGCUGGUCUUCCAAACGACACCAUUCAUAUCAGAUUUACUGGUAGUGCAGGCCAGAGUUUUGGUGCAUUCCUCUGUCCUGGUAUCACUUUGGAACUUGAAGGUGAUAGUAAUGACUAUGUUGGUAAAGGAUUAUCCGGUGGCAAGAUUGUUGUGUAUCCUCCAAAAGGAAGUAAUUUUGACCCUAAGGAGAACAUCGUGAUCGGUAAUGUGGCGCUCUAUGGGGCCACUCGAGGGGAAGCUUACUUCAAUGGAAUGGCAGCGGAAAGAUUUUGUGUCCGUAAUUCUGGGGCUACGGCUGUUGUGGAAGGUGUUGGUGAUCACGGGUGUGAGUACAUGACUGGCGGAACUGUUGUUGUGCUUGGGGAAACUGGUAGAAAUUUUGCUGCAGGUAUGAGUGGUGGGAUUGCUUAUGUUCUAGAUCUGGAUGGAAAAUUCCAAUCUCGGUGCAACUUGGAACUAGUAGAUCUGGACAAGGUUGAAGAGGAAGAGGACAUUUAUACUCUUAGAAUGUUGAUACAGCAGCAUCAGCGUCACACAAAUAGUCAGCUUGCCAAAGAAGUGCUUGAUGAUUUUGAGAAUCUUCUUCCUAAAUUUAUCAAGGUAUUCCCUCGGGAGUAUAAACGCGCUCUAGCUAGUGUGAAGUCAGAGGAAGCCUCCAAAGAUGAAGCAAAAGAUGCCGAAGACCAAGAUGAUGAAGCACAAGCGGUAGAGAAAGAUGCUUUUGAAGAACUUAAGAAACUGGCAACUGCAUCUUUGAAUGAGAAACAGAGUCAGGCUGAGGCGCCCAAGAGGCCAAGUAGAGUCAGUGAUGCCAUUAAGCAUAGAGGUUUUGUUGCAUAUGAGCGCGAGGGUGUUCAGUAUAGGGAUCCUAAUGUUCGCAUGACAGAUUGGAAGGAAGUGAUGGAGGAGACAAAGCCUGGUCCCCUGUUGAAAACACAGUCAGCCCGUUGCAUGGACUGUGGUACCCCUUUCUGUCAUCAGGAAAAUUCGGGAUGCCCUCUUGGAAAUAAAAUACCAGAGUUUAAUGAGCUAGUAUACCAAAAUAGGUGGAAGGAAGCAUUAGAGAGGCUUCUUGAAACAAAUAACUUUCCAGAGUUUACUGGUAGGGUAUGCCCAGCACCUUGUGAAGGUUCUUGUGUCCUUGGUAUUAUUGAGAAUCCCGUGUCUAUUAAAAGCAUUGAAUGUGCCAUCAUAGAUAAGGCUUUUGAGGAGGGUUGGAUGGUGCCACGACCUCCAGUCAAGAGAACUGGGAAAAGAGUAGCCAUCGUUGGAAGUGGACCAGCAGGUUUGGCAGCUGCUGAUCAGCUAAAUAAAAUGGGUCAUACGGUAACAGUGUAUGAAAGAGCUGAUAGGAUUGGAGGGCUUAUGAUGUAUGGGGUCCCCAACAUGAAAUCUGACAAAGUGGACGUAGUUCAACGACGAGUGAAUCUUAUGGCCGAGGAGGGAGUAGAUUUUGUGGUGAAUGCUAAUGUUGGACAUGACCCUUUAUACUCUUAUGAUCGGCUUCGGGAGGAAAAUGAUGCCAUUGUCUUGGCUGUAGGAUCUACAAAACCAAGGGAUCUUCCUGUACCUGGGCGGGAGCUGUCAGGAGUUCAUUUUGCCAUGGAGUUUCUUCAUGCAAAUACUAAAAGCUUGCUUGAUAGUAAUCUCGCGGAUGGUAACUACAUUUCAGCCAAGGACAAGAAAGUUGUGGUCAUUGGUGGAGGUGACACUGGCACAGAUUGCAUAGGAACAUCCAUUCGUCAUGGUUGUAGUAGCAUUGUAAAUCUUGAACUCCUUCCUCAGCCCCCACCAACUAGGGCUCCUGGCAACCCAUGGCCUCAGUGGCCUCGCAUAUUCCGAGUAGAUUACGGUCAC